AUGAAGGGUUCUCACAGGGAGGGCGUUUUGCAGAGCAGGGCUGGGCCGGGUGUAUUUCAGGAGCUCGCAGGCCUAUUGAAAAAUGUAACCUUUACAACUAUUAAUGAUCACAACUUCCUCUCAAACAGGAAAAAGAUGACUUCCAGCCGCAGGCAUCAUCUCAAGAGCUUGAUCCUGCAGAUUGCUAUGAACUGGAUCGAGCAGGAGAAAAAGGAUACCGACACGGCCAAAGAGGCCUACAUGGCCGAGCACUGUCCUCCUCCAGACUUGAGCGGAGACCAGGCCGCCCUGAUGGAACUCUGCAAGAAGCUUCAAGCCGCCAUCGACAAGAUCGAUGAGGAGCGGUACGACGCCGAAGCCAAGGUGCAAAAGGCUGACAAAGAGAUUGAAGACCUGAAGAUCAAAGUUGUGGACCUGAGAGGAGUGAAGAAGCCUGCCCUGAAGAAAGUGCGUAUGUCUGCUGACACCAUGCUGCAGGCUCUGCUGGGCUCCAAACACAAGGUGACCAUGGACCUGAGGGCUAACCUGAAGCAGGUCAAGAAAGAGGUCAAGGAGGAGCCUACAGAAGCGGUGGGUGACUGGCGUAAGAACAUUGAGGACAAAGCUGACAGGAAGAAGAUGUUCGAGGCCUCCUAA